CUCCCCCUACUAAUUCACAUUCAAAUUUCAGUAUUAUUACCUUCUUACGUACUUCCUUAGCCGCUUUCAACAAAUAUUAUAUUUUAAGAUGAAUUCUAAACUUGUCAUCCUCUUCAUUAUCCUCUCCAACCUUUCCCUCCCGGUUGUCUCCGUUGUCGACGACUGCGGCGCUCAACAAUAUGACGCCUGCAUCAACAAAAAGAAAGCCUUGCCUCUCAAGAUCAUCGCCAUCGUCUCCAUCCUCCUCACCAGCAUGAUCGGCGUCUCUUUCCCGCUUCUCACCCGCUCUAUCCCUGCUCUCAGCCCCGACCGUAACCUCUUCGUCAUCGUCAAGGCCUUCGCUGCUGGAAUUAUUUUAGCCACCGGAUUCAUGCACGUUUUGCCUGAUUCUUUCGAUAUGUUGUCUUCCAGUUGCUUGAAGGAUAACCCAUGGCAUAAGUUCCCCUUCACUGGAUUUGUCGCCAUGCUCUCUGCAAUUAUAACCCUCAUGAUUGAUUCCAUGGCAACAAGCCUAUACUCCAAGAAACACAAAGCCGCCCUGGUGCUGCCGGAGUCCGGCGGAGAUCAGGAGAUGGCGGUGGUGGAGGCUGCCGCCCAUUCUCAUUUCCACGGCCACCACCACGGGUCCAAGUUGGAAGUUGAGGGUUCGCAACUUCUGCGUUACCGAGUAAUUGCCAUGGUAUUGGAGCUGGGAAUCAUUGUUCACUCAGUGGUGAUAGGGCUGUCUCUUGGGGCGUCUAACAACACUUGCAGCAUCAAGGGACUGGUGGCCGCCCUCUGCUUCCAUCAAAUGUUUGAAGGAAUGGGACUGGGUGGUUGCAUUCUCCAGGCAGAAUACAAGUUUUUAAAGAAGGCUGCAAUGGCAUUCUUCUUUUCAGUCACAACUCCGUUUGGAAUAGCUCUGGGACUAGCAUUAGCCAGCAGUUACAAAGAGAACAGCCCUCGGGCAUUGAUCACUGUGGGGUUGCUCAAUGCUUCAUCUGCAGGCCUACUCAUAUACAUGGCCUUGGUCGACCUUUUGGCUGCUGAUUUUAUGGGGCAAAAGUUGCAGGGAAGCGUCAAGCUCCAAAUUAAGUCCUAUGUGGCCGUCCUUUUGGGCGCAGGAGGAAUGUCUCUCAUGGCUAAAUGGGCUUGAAUAGAUUAAAAUCACUUUCAAAUCUUAUUUUCAGUUGUGUUAAUUCCCCAGUUUUUAUUUGAAAUGUAAAACUAUUUCUAUCUCUCAAUAAGAAAUCAAAUCAUGUGCA